CUGCCUUAAAAACUACAAUACCCAUGAUGCACCUGGUGAAAUCACAACAAACGUGCCAAUGCCAAACAUUUCGCUCAAUGAAGCCGGCAUCUUAAUUCUUCCUGCGACAUGAGGUGUUGUUACCUGUAGCCAGCUAUGGGACCAGGGGAUGUGGUGCCAGACCAUGCCAAGCAGCUGAAGCCCAAGGAGAAGCGGCCUGCAAACAGGGCAUUGAAAGCAGACUGUGAGCCUGAUGGGUCCUUUGUCUUUGAGGCUCAUGAGGCUUGGAAGGACUUCCAUAACUCCCUCAGGCAUUUCUAUGAAGUAGGAGAGCUCUGCGACGUUACACUGAAGGUUGGCAGUAGGUUGAUACCAUGCCACAAGCUAGUGCUGGCUUGUGUUAUCCCUUACUUCAGGGCCAUGUUCCUGUCAGAGAUGUCCGAGGCUAAGCAGGAACUGAUAGAGAUCAAGGACUUUGAUGGUGAUGCCAUCCAGGACUUGGUGCAUUUUGCCUACUCCUCCAAGCUCACAUUAACUGUGGACAAUGUCCAGCCACUGCUUUAUGCUGCCUGCAUCCUUCAGGUGGAGUUGGUGGCGAGAGCCUGCUGCGAGUACAUGAAGGCCCACUUUCACCCCACCAACUGUCUGGCAGUCCGUACCUUUGCUGAGAGCCACAAUCGUGUGGACCUGAUGGACAUGGCUGACCGCUAUGCCUGCGAACACUUCACUGAGGUAGUGGACUGUGAGGACUUUACAUGCGUGUCUCCCCAGCACUUGCGCACGUUAUUGUCCUCCAGCGAGCUCAAUAUCCACUCAGAAACACAGGUGUACAACGCAGCAGUGAAAUGGCUGAAAGCAAACCCACAGCACCACGAGGCCUGGCUGGACCAGAUCAUGUCUCAGGUGCGCCUCCCCCUGCUCCCUGUAGAGUUCCUGACUGGAACAGUGGCGAAGGACGAGAUGAUUAAAGGUAACCUGAGUUGUCGCGACCUGAUGGACGAAGCCAGGAACUACCACCUGCACCUCAGCAACAAAGUGGUGCUGGACUUUGAGUAUUCAGUCCGUACCAUACCCCGGAAGCACACUGCAGGGGUUUUGUUCUGUGUGGGUGGCCGCGGGGGUUCCGGUGACCCAUUUCGCAGCAUCGAGUGCUACUCCAUCACUAAGAACAGCUGGUUCUUCGGUCCUGAAAUGAACAGCAGACGGCGUCACGUGGGUGUAAUAUCUGUAGGAGGCAAGGUUUAUGCUGUCGGGGGCCAUGAUGGUAACGAACACUUAGGCAACAUGGAGAUGUUUGACCCCCUCACCAACAAGUGGAUGAUGAAAGCCUCAAUGAACACCAAGAGGAGGGGUAUAGCCCUAGCAGCUCUUGGUGGUCCUAUCUAUGCCAUUGGCGGUCUGGAUGACAACUCCUGCUUCAACGAUGUGGAGCGCUACGACAUCGAAAGUGACUGCUGGAGCGCUGUGGCUCCGAUGAACACACCCAGAGGAGGAGUAGGAUCUGUGGCGUUGGGGAGUUUCGUGUACGCAGUGGGAGGCAACGACGGCGUGGCGUCACUGUCCAGUGUGGAGCGGUUUAACCCACAUCUCAACAAGUGGACGGAGAUCAGCGAGAUGGGCCAGCGACGGGCUGGAAAUGGAGUCAGCAAACUCAAUGGCUGCCUCUAUGUAGUGGGUGGUUUUGAUGACAAUUCACCCCUGAGCUCUGUAGAGCGCUUUGACCCACGAAUGCACCACUGGGAGUACGUGUCUGAGCUGACCACCCCACGUGGGGGAGUCGGGGUAGCCACUGUAAUGGGAAGAGUGUUCGCAGUCGGGGGUCACAAUGGGAAUAUCUACCUGAACACAGUGGAGGCUUUUGAGCCUCGAAUGAACAGAUGGGAGCUGGUGGGUUCAGUGUCUCACUGCCGUGCCGGAGCCGGAGUGGCUGUCUGCUCGUCUCACGUCAGCCAGAUCAGGGACGUCGGCCAGGGCUCCAGCAACGUGGCCAACUGCAUGUGACCGCCGCUCCACUCGUUACCAGGUGACCGACUGACUGUCAGGUCACCAUCAGAUCUGAUCACUGCACAAGCACACAACACAAAGCACACAGACAGUGACGGAGCGAUUACGGUCGCCACUGUCUGAACAUCAGCCUUAAUCAGUUUUAGGCUGAUGUUCAGUUUGCACUCAGUGAUCGAGGAAUAUUAGGGAGGUUCUACUGACUUGAAGUGCACAGCUGACAAAUCUGAAGUCUUCUCUGACAAAAUCACAGAUUCAAGACAUUAUUUCUUGACUCCUGCUGGUGUUAUUUGAUAUCAGUGAUGUAGUAUUUUGUACUGUAUUUUCUUCUGUUUGACUGCCUUGACAUAGUUUUGACUUUUUUAAGGGAACAUAGUGGCUGAGCCCAUUAGUAUUUAAUACUAACGUCUCCAGAAUGAGAGGUGAGUUUGGAUUCAGAACUAAUAGUUUAACUGCACAUUAUGAAUGUGGACUGUAUAGUAGGCCAGUAUGAAUGCAUUUCAAAGGUCUCUUCUUCAAGACUGUCUCUGGUUUACUCGCUGGUCCUGCAGUCUUUUUCAUGACCCACAGAGAUAUGACAAAUCAGUAAUUUGAAAUUUGCAGUGCAGCGUGUGCAGUUAAAACGUUAUCAUUUUCAUCAGUCAAUCUGAAAUAUAAUGUUAAGAUGUCAAAUACAUUUACAAGAUUCCUUUGAUCUUAUGCUAGGUUAAGUGAAAGCAUCUGUUUGAGCAGUUAGAAUAAUUCUGAAUGCACCUUUUAAAAAGUCUAUCAGUAAGCUGGAUCAUAUUGUAACAAUUGUAGCUGGGAUUUACCUGUAAUUGUGUUUGAACAAUCAUUUAAGGCCGAUUGAGACAAAUCAGUCACUGGGUAAGAGGGGAAGGUUUCGACGAAUUUAACUGCUGCAAGUGCCAAACACAAAAAAACAGCCAUUCUAGGAAGCUGAAGAUGCAAAUCUGGUUCAACGCCUGCUGAAUCCUGAGUGGCCACCUUUACCUCGACCUCAGAAUAGAGAAAGAUUUGAUGAUAUACCUGAGAGUCAAGGACUGAUCAGAGCAAUACGGUGCACCGCUCCGGUUAUUUUUCAAUUUUAUUGUAUAGAGAUCUGUUCAAACUGAAAGGGACAGAUUCAAAUUCAAGAUUUGUGUUUGAUGAUAGCUGGACUGUCAGAAAUCCUAAUCAGAGUGCUUUCAGAUGUGUACGAGAUGCAGCUGAGGUUUGUCUCUGCAGAUUGGUUGCGUUAUAUUUUAAUAUAUGGACAUUUUUGUAUAAUAAAAUACGUGUAUCUUUGGUAUUAUCCUUUACUACACUAUCUAAUCCAUUGCUGUGCACUAUUUUCCUAGAAUAGAUGUGAAGUCCGAGUAUAUUUUUGUCCUAAAUGGAGAAUUUCAUGUUCUAAGUUUGAAGAUGUUUAUUUGACACCCAAAUCUACGGAAAAUUUAAUGAUUUUUUGGCAACUUUUUUCUCACAAUAGGUUUACAGAGUGAUGACUUUGAAACAGCUAUAUACAGUUAUAACAGAAAUAUACAUAUUGUUGCACAGUUUGUGUCCUGCCGGUGUUAAUUUUAGUGCAUAUUAUCAACCAGGUACAUCAUUUCUACACAAAAACUGAAAAAAAACGUGUCCCCAACUUUUUUAGCAAAUGAGCCAGAAACUUUUGUAAGUCUUUUGUAAACUUUACUGUUCUUUGUGUUGUUCUUCCUCCUUGUGCUUUUUAUUUACAUGGUAUUGGUAUAAAUUGGUACAAUAAAUUUAUGUGUAAAGUUUA